AGGAGGAGAGGGAAGAGGGGCGGGACGGAGCGCGCGAGCAUGUGAAGAUGGCGGAGCUGCAGAUGCUGCUGGAGGAGGAGAUCCCCGGGGGGCGCCGGGCCCUCUUCGACAGCUACACCAACCUCGAGCGGGUCGCCGAGUACUGCGAGACCAACUACAUACAGUCAACAGAUAAGCAACGGGCCCUAGAAGAAACCAAAGCAUAUACAACACAGUCUUUAGCUAGUGUAGCCUAUUUGAUCAACACCUUGGCCAACAAUGUUCUACAGAUGCUGGAUAUCCAGGCAUCCCAGCUUAGGCGUAUGGAAUCUUCAAUCAACCACAUUUCGCAAACAGUUGACAUACAUAAAGAAAAAGUGGCCAGAAGAGAAAUUGGCAUCUUGACCACAAAUAAAAACACUUCAAGAACCCACAAAAUCAUUGCACCAGCCAACCUGGAGAGACCAGUUCGCUACAUUAGAAAACCUAUUGAUUAUACAAUCCUAGAUGACAUUGGACAUGGGGUGAAGUGGUUGCUUAGAUUUAAGGUUAGUACACAGAAUAUGAAAAUGGGUGGCCUGCCUCGUACCACACCACCCACCCAGAAGCCACCCAGUCCGCCAAUGUCAGGGAAAGGAACGAUUGGGCGUCACUCUCCCUAUCGCACACUGGAGCCAGUGCGUCCUCCAGUGGUACCAAAUGACUAUGUACCUAGCCCUACCCGUAAUAUGGCUCCCUCGCAACAGAGCCCUGUUAGGACAGCUUCUGUGAAUCAGAGGAAUCGCACUUACAGCAGCAGCGGGAGCAGUGGAGGGAGCCACCCUAGCAGUAGGAGCAGCAGUCGAGAGAACAGCGGAAGUGGAAGUGUGGGAGUCCCUAUUGCUGUCCCUACUCCAUCCCCUCCCAGUGUGUAUCCAGCCCCUGCCAGUUCAGCUGGCACUUCUCCCCUUCCUGCUACUUCUGCCCCCGCUCCCACUCUUCCCACUCCUGCAACUGCCCCAUCCUCUGCCGCCCCAGAUGCUGCUGCCGCUGCUGCAGGGGCUCAGCCCCUUGCCGAUGGCUUCACAUCUCCAACUCCCCCUGCUGCUUCUUCCACUCCUUCCGCAGGUCAUCCUGUUCAGUUCUACAGCAUGAACAGACCUGCUACUCGGCACACCCCUCCAACAAUAGGGGGCUCUUUGCCGUACAGGCGUCCUCCUUCCAUCACUUCGCAGAACAGCCUUCAAAACCAGGUGAAUGGAGGACCCUUUUAUAGCCAGAACCCAGUGUCUCUUGCGCCGCCGCCUCCCUCUAUCCUACAGGUAACUCCUCAGUUGCCACUCAUGGGAUUUGUGGCCAGAGUUCAGGAGAAUAUUUCAGACACACCCCCACCCCCACCCCCAGUAGAUGAGCCGGUCUUUGAUGAAUCCCCACCACCACCACCUCCUCCAGAAGAUUAUGAGGAGGAAGAAGCCGCUGUGGUAGAAUACAGUGACCCAUACGCUGAAGAGGAUCCACCGUGGGCACCAAGGACCUACUUGGAGAAAGUUGUGGCGAUCUACGACUACACUAAAGACAAGGAAGAUGAACUCUCCUUUCAGGAAGGUGCCAUCAUCUACGUCAUUAAGAAAAACGACGAUGGUUGGUAUGAGGGGGUGAUGAAUGGAGUAACGGGACUCUUCCCAGGGAACUAUGUGGAGUCCAUCAUGCAUUACUCGGAGUGAAGACGGCCACAACAAGAGGCAGAUUUGCACCUUGCUUGCCAUGAGGAUGUUGGGCUCCCCAGAUCUUCUCCAGCAGCUGGGGGACCCUGUCAAAUGAACUGAAUGAAGGAAGGAUCAUUGUAAACAAAAACCACUCUUAUUUUUUUUUUUUUUGCUCCCCCCCCCCCCAACCAUUUUAUAAAAUAGUGAUUUGAGUUGUUUUGGAGAAACGGCUCUUCCAUUUGCCAGCAGCGGCUGGCCUGAGCUGAACGACGUAUUUUAAUAAGCUGACCGAUUCGGGUGUAGAUAUAGGAGAUGUAACGAACUUGCCAAUUAACCGAUCCGUUGCUCAAAUUGUGACCCAUUCAAUCAAGACAUGGGAUUUUUCUCAGGAAUAAUGUAAGCCCUGGUAUUGGGACAUCCCAGAUGCCAGGGCUGAAGGGUUGGCUUCGAUAGGCCAUCCACCCCCCUCCCUCUCUUUGCCUUUCCCCAAGUCCCCAUUCUUCACUCUCUCACAAUUGGAAGAGUGUUAUUGUACUGGCAAACAUUUUGGGGUUCACACACCAACUGGAUCUCAGGUUGGUUCCUUGCAUCUCUGACCCAAAACACUUCUGCAGCUGUUCAGCGCAUGUAGCCUGAUCUGGGUGCACACGGAGCUGGUUUCGAAUCACAUUCCUCCUGCUUGGCCUCCCGUUAUAUAGAUCCUUGAAAACUGCGAGCGAGGCCUCUCUCAUUUAGUGAAAUGGUUGUUAAGAAGUUGGAAGGAAGAUGAAGCUUGAAAUUAAGAUUUGGGAUGCCUCCCUAUUUGGAAAAAUAUACAGGGAAUAGUUUGCACCCU